UGACUGGCUCUGGUGGAGGUGGCAGUCAUGAAAGGACUACGAUUCCCAGCAGCCCCACACUCGCCGCCGCCGCUGCCGCUCCCUGGCUAGUUGGUGGAGCGGGCCUUCCGAGUCCCCGCCCCAGGCCACAGCCCGAUCGCUUAAGGGGGCGUGUGGGACUAGGCGACGAGGGGUGAGGGUCCCAGGGGCCCUGGGCCGGGUAGGCGUGGCCUCCACUUUGCUGACCGUGACGCGCCGGGAGCCACGAUGGAGAACAGAUGCUACUGCUGCGCUGUCAAGUUCACCCUCUUCAAGAAGGAGUGUGGCUGUAAGAACUGUGGGCGAGCCUUCUGUUCCAGCUGCCUUCGCUUCAGUGCAGUGGUACCUCGUGCUGGGAAUACGCAACAGAAAGUCUGCAAGCAGUGCCAUGAGGCCCUCACCAGUGGGUCUUCUCCUGCCAAUGCUUCCAAGUGGUCACCACCUCAAAACUACAAGAAGCGCGUGGCAGCCCUGGGAGCCAAGCAGGAGUCCAGCACCCCCCGGAGCCAAGGACUCACCCAGCAAGACCGGGUCAUCGCUGAGCGCCUGGCCCGACUCCGCCAGGAGAACAAGCCCAAGUCGGUGCCCUCGCAAGCUGAGAUAGAGGCACGGCUGGCCGCGCUCAAGGAUGAACCCCAGGGCUCCAUCCCUUCCACCCAGGAGAUGGAGACACGGCUUGCUCUACUGCAAGGCAGAGCCCCGCCUGCUCAGACCCCCAGGCCGGCACAUCAGGGCCCAGACAUCAGGACACAGGCCCAGCAGACACAGGACCUGCUAAUGCAGCUGGCAGCUGAGGUGGCUAUUGAUGAGCGCUGGGAGCGAGACAGCCCAGCUGCCUGUCCCCAAAAUGACCUCAACCAGGGUGGCCCAGGGAGCCAGAGCGCUCGUCCCCAGCAGCAGGCCAGCUCGUCCCUGGACGAGGAGAAGAGCAGGCUGCUGGCCGAGGCAGCCGUGGAGCUACGGGAGGAGAACACGAGGCAGGAGCGGAUCCUGGCCAUCGCCAAGCGGCUGGCCGUGCUGCGGGGACAGGACCCGGAGAGAGUGACCCUACAGGACUACCGCCUUCCAGACAGCGACGACGAUGAGGAUGAGGAGACAGCCAUCCAGAGGGUCCUGCAGCAGCUCACUGAGGAGGCAGCUCUGGAUGAGGCAAGUGGCUUCAACAGCCCCGCGCGGCCGGCUCCCCGACCCCGGGCCCAAGCCUGUAGGGCAGAGCCUGAGGCCAAGGCCAAGGCCACCACGCCUGAGGCUGAGGACGAGGAGCUUCCCUGGUGCUGCAUCUGCAAUGAGGAUGCCACCCUGCGCUGCUCAGGCUGCGACGGAGACCUCUACUGUGUCCGCUGCUUCCGGGAGGGCCAUGAUGCCUUUGAGCUAAAAGAGCACCAGACAUCUGCCUACCGGCCCCCGCACACGGGCCAAGUGCACUGAGGACACCCGGGCCUCCUGGGAAAGCAGAACUACAGGGCCUGGCCUCGGGGGUCCACGGCAAGAGCGUCAUGAAGGCCACAGCCCUCCCUGAGCCUCCCAGUCCCUGGAAGCAUGUCGGUUCUCCAUCGGAGACAGCGACUGGAGGAGCAGAAGAGAGGCGAAGGCCAGACUGGAAGUGAAAGGCACAACAGGGAAAGAUCAGAUCUCAGGAGGAGCCCUGGAACCUGGCUCCAGGGCCCAGAGCCAGCCGCUGGCAUCUAGUGGCUCUAAUAAAGUAUGUUGAUUCAUUGCAUCCGGUAUCUCUUCUCUCAGAGAGGCGAGAGGUGGCCUGAGUGUGGGGCAGGGUAUAAAGGCAGUCCUGUGGAAUGAAGGAGCCAUCCUGUUAGCUUCUCCAGACAGGAAAAGUCUCACCCACCCUGGUGACCGCCUACAAAGUAAGCAUGAAUAUUUAGGCAACUGAACUGUGCUUCAGGCUCUGGGCAGCCCAGCUAGCCACUAGGCAGCACCAUCUUGGAUCUCUCAGCUUCUCUAGUACUCAAACAAUGCAUACAUACCCUGCUUCCUGCCUUGGAGGAAGUUCCAUUCCAGCCUGCCUGCCAUCCAGAUCUGGUGUCUGUCUUCCAACAACUGCCCCUGACCUCAGUCUGUACCCUUCACCUUUCUCUGCAUCGCCCAGGUUUUUUCUCUUCCUGCCUCCAGCUGGAACCAGCUCAAAGGAGAGUUCUUAGCCUAAGACUUCUUGCCUCAUUUGUGAGUACAAGAAGGUCUGGGGUGGGCUUCUGGCACAGUGGUUAGGCUGCUGCUUGGGAUGCCUACAUCCCAUAUUGGAGUGCCUGGUUCAAGUCCCCAGCUCUGCUUCUGAACCAGCUUCCUGCGAAUGUGCCCCCUGGAAGGCAGCAGGUGAUGACCUAAAUACUUGGGUCCCUGCUGCACACCUGGGAGACCUGGGUUGAGUUCUGGGCUCCUGGCUCUGGCUUGGCCCAGCACUGGCUGUUAUAGGCAUUUGGGAAGUGAACUAGCAGAUGGAAGAUCUCUUUCUGUGUCUCUG